CGUCAGUUCCUCUCCAAGUUCCUUUCCAAAAAACGAAACCAAGACUGAAAGAGGCCUGAGUGAUUCGCUUUCACAAUGAAAGCGAAGCAUGUUUUAAUAGUUCUAUUUCUGGUGUCUAAUAUAACAUUAUCUUCAGGUUUUCUGGGUGUGCUCGCGGCUGCCGCAUCUUACGUGUUUAACAGAUUUUUUGAACGGGACGGUUUGCUGCCUUUUGACUCUAAACGUUUGAAGGCAGAUUUAAAUGAAUCUCUCUUUGGGCAGCACAUUGUGUCUGAUGUUGUAUUAAAAGCUGUAUCGUCAUUUAUGACUGACAGAAACCCAAACAAACCGCUGGUCCUCUCUUUCCAUGGGACUACUGGAGUUGGGAAAAACCAUGUUGCUAAAAUCAUUGCAAGAAAUGUGUACAAAAAAGGGGAAAACAGCAAGCAUAUUCACACAUUUAUAUCUGAGCAUCAUUUCCCACACAAAGAGAAGUCAGAUCUAUACAGUGCACAGCUAAAGCAGUGGAUUCAUGGAAAUGUAUCAAGGUUUCCCCGCUCCAUGUUCAUAUUUGAUGAAAUGGACAAGAUGAAUCCUCAGCUGAUCGACGUCAUAAAACCUUUUCUAGACUACAAUACCCGUGUAGAUGGAGUGUCAUUCCGCAGUGCAAUCUUCAUUUUUCUCAGUAAUGCAGGUGGGAGUUUGAUUGCUGACAUGGCUCUGGAUUUCUGGAGAGAAGGCAAUAAUCGAGAAGAGCUGUGGAUGAACAGCAAAGAACUGGAGACUAAAAUCUCUCAAAACAUCUUCAAUGAUAACGGUGGAUUUCUGCACUCCAGUCUAAUAGAUCAUCAUCUGGUUGAUCACUAUGUUCCCUUCCUACCUCUGGAGCUGAAGCAUGUGCGUCAGUGUGUCCUGGCUGAGAUGGUCCAUCUGAACAUGACUCAAGACUUUGAUCUGGCAGAUAAAGUGGCCAGAGACAUGCCCUUCUUCCCUGAAGAAGAGAAAAUCUUUGCUGUUAAAGGCUGCAAGUCUGUCAGACAGAAACUGGCACUGUAUGAUGAUGAAUAGAUAAAAGCAGCACUUGUUCACUUUUUUUCUACUGUUGCUGUUUUAACUCUUUAUGUGAACAGCAAUGAAGUAUUACUUGACUUUUCACCUUUGCUUUUGAUUAUUAGUAUUUAAGUGUUGAUGUUGUGCCUUGCUUAGUCUGCAGCCUGUAUUUAAUACUCUUCUUCUCAAGGGAAUACUGUGAAUUACAGUUUUUCUCAGUCAAUCUGACACAUUUCUCUAAAUGAAUGUAGCAGCUCUCAAAACAACACAGCAAACUAAACACACACUUAUGUUGGCAAAACAGUUCAGUAUUCACUGCACAAUGAAGCGCUGCAGUUUAUUCUAGUAAUGCAUUUAUCAAAAAUAAAUACUAACAUCAAAACUACAAGUGUGUUGAUUUGAUAACAAAUUAAACCGUUGAUACAUAAAUACAUGAAUGAAGUAUGUGUAAUCGUGUUCUUCAAAGUUUAGUUGUAUAACAAUGAGUUUUCUCCCCAAAAUAUAAAAUAAAUAAAUGUACUGCAAUCAUUGAAUCAAAUGAA